UCUUCCCCCCGCAGACGGAGAUGGCCAAAUUCCUGAACUUCAUGCUCUACAAUGAAGACUGCCACAGCGAAGACCUCGAGAACUUCCUCCAAAAGAAAAUGCCAGCGUCCUCGGGUACCUCCGGUGCCGCCUCAGAGCAGAGCACCCCGCCCAAACGAGGGGUGCCUUUCCUGAAGUUACACAAGAUCGCCUCUUCCUCCAGCGUGAAUAAGCUGCUCCCUGGCUCCUCCUCUUCCUCCUCCUCCUCCUCUUCGUCCCCCAUGGGGGAGAUCAUGCAGACCCCCCAGUUCCAGAUGCGGAGGCUGAAGAAGCUGCUGGAAGCUGAGCGGGAGAACCGGGACGAGUUGGAGCACGAAUUGGCCGAGAACCGGAAGCUCAUCGACGAGAAAGAUACACGGAUCCUGAUGAUGAAGCAGCGCAUCGACCGCCUCACCCUCCUGCAGGAGCGCCAGGCGGCCGCGGAUCAGCUGGAGCCCAAGGAGAUGGAGGAGCUCCGGGACAAGAACGAAAGCCUCCUCCUCCGCCUGCAUGAGACGCUGAAGCAGUGCCAGGAUCUCAAGACGGAGAAGGGGCAGAUGGACCGGAAGAUCAGCCAGCUCUCCGAGGAGAACGGGGAACUCACGUUCCGGCUCCGAGAGUUCGCCCGCACCCUGACGGAGAUUCAGGAAGCCAUGAACGAAAUGUGUGAAGGGCAGGACAAGUCCCUGAAGGAAUGGGAGGAGCGGAGGAGCCGCCUGGAAGCGGAUCUCCACAGGGCCCUGAGCGAGAAGCGGUGCCUGGAAGAGAAAGUGGAGAUUCUGCAGGGGAAGAUCUCCCUGCUGGAGGACCAGCUGGCCAAGCUGACCAAGGAGACCAGCUCCCUGCCGGUCAAAGGAGAAGUCCUGGGGGACGUCCUGAAGCUGGAGGGCCUGAAUGAGCAAGUGGCCAGCCUCAGCAGCCAGCAGGCCGAACUGCAAGCCACCGCCCUGCGCCUGGAGGAGGAGAAGCGCCUGCUGGAGGCCAACCUCCAGGCCGAAAGGAGAAGCUUCGAAGCGGAGAAGGCCCAGCUGACGGCCCUCCUGACGGAGCUGCAGAGCUCCAGCUCCGAAAUCUCCCGCGCCAAGGAGAAGCUGGAGCAGGACUGCCGGGCCCAGGAGGAGUGCCUGAUCGCCCAAGCCAACAGCCUGACGGCGGAGAUUGCCAAGCUGACGGGCUUCCUGCGCCAGAGGGACGAGGAGCUGCUGGCCCUGCACCAGCAGGUGGAGGCCGAGCGGAGCCAGAAGAGCCAGCUGGCCGAAGAGUGGGAGAAGAAGGAGCAGAGGUCCCGGGCGGCCCUGGAAGACCUGAGCCGCCAGGUGGACCAGCUGAGCAGCUCCCUGAAGCAGAGCAACCAGAAGGUCUCCCAGAUCGAAGCCGCCAGCCAGGAAGAGUACAACCGCAUUGCCCAGGAGAAGGAGCUGGCCGUCCGGCAGCUCCAGGAGAAGGAAGCCGAGGUGUCCUCCCUGGCCGAGCGGCUGCAGUCCCUGGAGCACGCCCGGACCUCUUCCGCGGUGGAGCUGCACCAGGAGAAGGUCGAGGCCAGCCAGAAGAUCCAGGCGCUGGAGGCCAAGGUGUUGGCCCUGACCGCCCAGAGCCAGCAGAGCGAGGCCCAGGCGGCCGCCGUCCCGGCCUUGAAAAACCAGCUGCGGGAAGCCCAGCAGAAGCUGGCCGAGAAGGAGAAGCUGGCCAGGGAACACACCCGCCUCCAGGAGCGGCUGAUGGUCCUGGAAGAGUCCGUCCACAACACCGAGGGCAUCUUGGAGGACGAGAAGAGGAGGGCGGCCGAGUCCCUGGAGAGCAACCUCCGGCAGAUCGCCGAGCUGGACGAGCAGGUCCAGGAGCUGACCAGGCACAAGGAGCGGGCGGAGGAAGGCCUGGCGGAGGAGAAGGCCAGGAGGCGGGCGCUGGAAGGCCAGAUGCAGCGGCUGGAAGAGGAAUCCGGGAGGAAGCUGGAAGAGCUUCGGCGUCAGCUGGCUGAACUGCCCGUGGCCAAAAGGGAGCAAGCGGCCAGUGCGGGUCAGGAGCAGAGCGGCCAGAAGUUUCAGGCUGACCAGAAGGCGUUGGCCGAGCUGGAAGCCCAGCUGAAGGAUCUCAGGGCCCAGCACCAGGAAGCUCUGGCGGCUGCGCAGGCCAAACUGUCUCAGUCCGUCGCCCAAGUCCAGGAGAAGACGAGCUCGGAGGAGAAGCUCCGAGCCAAAGUGGCCACCUUGGAGAAGCAGGUGGCCACCACGCGCCAGGAAUCGGCUCAGGCCACGAAGGACGGGCAGGAGGCCGCGCGGGAGCUUGCCGAGGCCAUCGAGAGGCUGGCGGAAGAGCGGCUCAAGAGAGAGGAGCUGGAAGCCCGCGUGAAGCAGUUGGGGGAGCAAAGCAGCGAAGAGCUGACCACGGCCGAGUCCAGCCUGUCCAGCCUCCGGUCCGCUCUGAAGGAGAAAGAGCGGGAGGUCGAAGAGGCCUCUGCCCAGGCGAGGGAGCUGAAGGCCACGCUGGAGGAGGCGGCGCAGCAACGGGAAGGCCAGCGGGCUCGGCACCAGGAGGAAGCCAAGCGGCUGGUGAAGGAGGAGGGGCGAGCCCAGGCCGAGCUGGCCGCGGAGAAGGCCCAGAAGGCGGCCCUGGAGGCGCAGCUGCAGAGCCUCGCCGACGAGCACCGGGUGGAGGUCGCCGGCCUCCAGGAGGAGGUGGCCAGGGCCCAGGACUUGCUGGCCGAGAAGGAGAGGGAGCUGGAGGAGCUGCGCCUGAAGAACGUCUCCCGCGGCGAGGAGUUGAGGGACCUGCAGAAGACGGUCAGCAAGCUGAAAGGGGAGCUGGCCUCGGCGGAGGCGCUAAAGGAGAGGGAGGCCAAGAGGGAGGGGGAGCUGCAGGGCUUCCUGGAAGCGGCCAGGACCCGGGAGGCCGAGGUCAGCGGCCUGAAAGCCCUGCUGCGCUCCAGGGACGCCUCCCUCCAAGGCCUGGAGGAGCAGAAGCUCCUCUGGGAGAAGGAGUCGGGCUCCCUCCGGGAGGCCCGCGAGAAACAGCUGCAGGAGGCCCAAGAGCUCCAGGCCCAGGUCGUCCGGCUGGAGAAGCAGAGCAAGGACCAGCAAAGCACCAUCGCCAAACUGGAGAAGCUGACGGCCGCCUCCAAGGAGCAGCAGCACGCCGAGGCGGAGGCCUUGAAGCGGGAAGCCGGGCAGCAGAGGCAGAGGACCUCCGAGCUGGAGAGGCAGCUGGAGGCCUCCCAGGCCGGCGUGGAGAGACUGAAGCAGGAGCUCGCCCGGGCGGAAGAGGAGCUGGGGCGGAGCCAGAAGGCCGCGGCGCGAGCCGAGGAAGAGCUGGCCUCCUUGCGGGCCUCGGCCCAGGAGAAGGAGAGGUCGGAAGAGAGCUGGAAAGAGCAGGCGUCCCGCUACCGCCAGGAGGCGGAGAGGAAGGCCGGCCACGUCAACAGCCUGGAGCAGGACCGGUCCAUCCUGCACCGGCAGCUGCUGGAGAAGGAGGCGGAGAGCAAGGACCUCCGGCGCCUGGUCCUGGCCGAGUCGGAGAAGAGCAAGAAGCUCGAAGAGAGGCUGAGGCUCCUCCAGUCCGAGAUGGCCACGGCGGCCUCCCGGGCGGCAGAGCGGUGCUCGGCGAUGAAAGCAGAGGCCCAGAGCUCCCAGGAGCAGGCCGAGAAGCUGCGGCUGUCCGUGGAGGCCCUGAAGAAGGAGCUGAGCGGGCUCUCCAAGCGGGAGGAGGCCCUUGGCCAGGAGCUGCAGGCCUGGCAGGAGAAGGCCGUCCAGAAGGAGCAGCUCCUCGCAGGGCAGCAGCAGGAGUUGGCCGGCGCUCAGGCUCUGAUCGGGGAGCUGGUGCCCCUCAAGGGCUUGUGCCAGCAGCUCCAGGCGGAGCAGGCCGCCCAGGGGGAGCGGCACCGGGAAGAGGUGGGGCGGCUGCAGGAGACCGCGGCCCUCCUGCAGGCGGAGCUGAGCAGGGCCAAGCAGGAGCUCUCGGAGGCCGCCUCCGCCCAGGAGAGGCUCCUCCGGUUGCAGGCGGAGAAUAGCGGGCAGGCGGAGCGCCUGGCCGCCCUCCAGAACGCCCAGGCCCAGAUGGCUGAGGAGAAGAGGGAGCUGGCGGAGAAGGCCGCCCAGGGCCGGCAGAGCCUGGACCGGGAGCUGGCCCAGGUCAAGCAGAGGCACGCUCUGGAGCUGGAGGCCGCCCGGCUGGAGGCCGAGAAGCUGGCGGCCGGGAGCAAGCGGGAGGCUGAGGAGGCCCGGAAGAAGCUGGAGGCCAUGGCCAACACCUGCGAGGACAGCAAGCACCAGCUGGCAGCUCAGGCAGAGAAGCUGGAGAAAUAUCAGCGGGAACAAGCCAAGCAGGUGGAUGAGCUGAAAAAGAAGCUGGCCCAGCAAGAGAAAGCCGGCCAGACCCAGCAGCAGAAAGCAAAGAUGCGUGAGGAAGGUCUCCGUUCGGAGAUGAAGCAACUGAAGGAGAAGACGGCGGAUCUCCAGGCCCAGCUGGUGCAGAAGGAACAGGCCGUCGAGCACUACAAGGCUCAGAUGGAGAAGGCGAGGACGCACUACGACGCCAAGAAGCAGCAGAACCAGGAGCUGCUGCAGAAGCUGAAGGGCCUGGAGCACCUGGAGAAGGAGAACGCCGAGCUGAAGGCCGAGUCGGAGCGCCUGGCCAAGGAGUUGCAGCGCACGGCCCUGCAGGCCACCGAGUCGGAGCUCAGCCUGAAGAACCUCACCAGCCAGGUCCGGGUCCUGCAGGCCCAGCUGGACUUCUCGGACCGGCAGCUUCGGGAGCAGGGCAAGGUCCAGGCGGCCCUGGAGACCCUCAAGGGCCGGGAGACUUUCCGCCAGAGCUCGGCCGACAUCAGCACCGACAGCCUGGACUUGAACACCAGCGACGAAGGGCAGCCCCUGAACUCCACCAGCAAAAAGAGCCGCCGCUCCCUGUCCGAGUCGGGGCCCGUGGAGUCGUCCAAGCCGCUGCCCCACAAGCGGGAGUCCCUGGAGAGCCUCUACUUCACCCCCAUCCCCACUCGCUCCCGCUCCAAGCUGGAGAACAGCGUCGACUCCAUCGGCAACAUCACCCUGGACUCUGGGCGGAAGGCCCUCUCGGGCCGCCGGCGCACCACGCAGCUGAUCAACAUUACCAUGAUCAAAAAGCACCCCAAGCUGGAGCCCCUGGACAGCACCAACGAGUCCUUCGUCAGCCUGCGGUCCUCCGGCUCGGGGGAGAGCGACCAGGAGUCGGUCAAGACCCGCCUGCGUUCGGCAGCGGUGGCUUCCUCCUCCUCCUCCACCCGCUCGCUGGCCAGCCUGCCCUCCCAGGAGUCCCUCAUCCGGCUGGCCGCCUCUUCGCCCGAUGGCGCCUCCGGCCACGCCGCGCUGAAGAGCCUGCCUGGCUACCGACCGGCCACCCGCAGUUCUCUGAGACACUCCCAAGGCGGGGCGGCCAACCCGGGCCGGAGCAGCUUCUACGCAGCCUCCUGUGAUGAUGAGCCGGAGCAGCUGGACGGCUGGAACCGCAUCGCGGAGCUGCAGCAGCGCAACCGCAUCUGCCCGCCUCACCUGAAGACCUGCUACCCGCUGGAGUCCCGGGUGAGUCUCUCCUGCCUGGCCCGUUUCCUUCCGCUGG